GCCAAAUAAGCAAAUAGUGAAACGUCAUAUAUUUAAACAAUUUAUUAUCUACACAUAAAUAAAAAAAUUAAUUUUUUUUUUACAUUCUCAUCUACUUCGCACGAGUCACGAGCCUUCUUCCCCAACUUUUGCCCGAUUACGAAAAAAAUAAACCCUCCACCGGCGUAGAAUGACAGAUUACCGCCUCCCCUCCGCCGCGACGAUGAACCUCUGGGCCGACGACAACACACCCGUCAUGGAAGCCUUCAUGAAUUCCGAUCUCUCCGCACUCUGGUCGCCGGACCCUCCGCCACCUCAUCGCUCCUCUUCCACCUCCACUUCCACCCCCGCCGAUCCCAUCAAAUCUCACCACCACAACCAGCCUCCCCCGUCGCUUCUCUUCAACCAGAAAACCCUCUAGCAGCGCCUCUAGGCGCUAAUCGACAGUGCUAAGGAGAACUGGACGUACGCCAUUUUCUGGCAAUCGUCUUAUGAUUUCUCCGACGCUUCUGAAUUGGGGUGGAGCGACAGGUACUAUAAGGGGGUUCUACCUAAUCGGCCUCGGCGUUGCUGGGUUUCUACCUCUAUGGGUUCCCUUCUUAAAGUUUUAGUCGAAGGUGGUCUGGAUGAUGGAAUCGAAGUUCCUCCGCUCAAGAUUUAGCUUAUGUUUCCUUCUGGAUGAUAGACCCGUGAACUUGCCCCUACGACAGGUUGGAGACAUCAGAAGUGGCUAUCGGUGUAUUGGUGUGUGGCUGGGUCUUUGGAGAUGGAGAGAAUUAGGGCUUUUGGAGGAGAUAGUUGGGAGCUGGGGAAGAAAUAGUUGGGACUUGGGAGAGGAGAGGGAAAGAAGGAGGAAUAGAAGGUGUGGUGGAGAAUUGAGAUGGAGAUACGACGGUUGGGGAAAGAAGUGAUAGAGGGAAAAUAAAAAAAGUUUAAUUAA